AUGAGCAGACCACCCAAGAUCCCAAUUCCAGAUUUACGUUUUGAACAGUCGUUCUUGCGUUCGCUUCACGCCUAUGCUGGUGCUGAAGUGGCGCCAUUGUCUGACAAGGAGCUUGAGAACGUGGACGACGAGGAUGCUGAAGAUAAGGUUUCUGAUCUCAAACCUAUAGGACCUAUCACGCCUGGAAUUGUUAUAUUUGCAGUUAUCAAGGACCAGAUACUUAUGCCGCUUAUUCAGGGGUUCAUGUGGAGUGGCUUUUUGCUUACAGUGAGGCCAAUGCUUCGGUUGGUGGUGGCCAGUGGCCAGGCCACGGGGUUGUGGUUGUACAGAUUGCUAGGGCUCGACCAGGCCAGGAGGUAUGCUGUGCGUUGA